CUCCACAGAUAAAGACCCCGGCUCCUGUAUUCCACUUUGCUCUGGAUGAGUGUGUAUAUGUGUGCGUGUGUUUGUGUGUGUGUGUGUGUGUGUGUUUGUGUGUAUGAGUGAAAAAGGUGAGAGUUGAUACCAGAAAAGAAGGAAGAGGAGGACUCUGUCUUUUUUUCUUUUUUUUUUUUUGAUUGACACUGUGUGAAGAUGGACGUCGCCGAGUUCCGCAAGCGAGGGAAGGAGAUGGUGGACUACAUAGCAGACUACUUGGAGAACAUUGAGAAGAGGCAGGUUUACCCUGACGUGGAGCCGGGCUACCUACGUGCCCUCAUUCCUGACAGGGCUCCUGACGAGCCGGAGACUUUUGAAGACGUGGUUAAGGACAUCGAGAGGGUCAUCAUGCCUGGGGUCACCCACUGGCACAGUCCGUACUUCUACGCCUACUUUCCCAGUGCUAAUUCUUUUCCUGCCUUGCUAGCAGACAUGCUGUCAGGGGGAAUCGGCUGCAUCGGGUUCUCCUGGGCGGCAAGUCCAGCCUGCACUGAGCUGGAGACGGUGGUGCUGGACUGGCUGGGGAAGAUGCUGAAGCUUCCCGAGGAGUUUUUGGCCGGAACGGAGGGCAAAGGAGGAGGCGUGAUUCAGGGAACUGCUAGCGAGGCGUCUUUGGUAGCGCUUCUCGCCGCUCGCGCCCGGAUUGUGAAACGGGUCAAAGCUGAUCAUCCUGAGUGGACCGAAGUGGACAUCAUGAACAAACUGGUGGCCUACGCCUCAAAUCAGGCUCAUUCAUCCGUGGAGAGAGCGGGUCUAAUCGGAGGCAUAAAAAUGAAAAAACUUCCCACCGACAGCAAGUUCUCGGUGAGGGGAGAGGCGCUGAGGAACGCCAUAGAGGAGGACAAAGCGGCAGGACUCAUCCCUUUCUUCCUUUGUGCCACCCUGGGGACGACUCCAUCCUGCGCAUUUGACUGCAUCACUGAGCUCGGACCCAUAUGUAACAUAGAGGGAAUCUGGAUGCACAUCGACGCCGCCUACGCGGGAAGCGCGUUCAUCUGCCCUGAGUUCCGACCUCUCCUGUAUGGCAUCGAGUUUGCCGACUCUUUCAACUUCAACCCUCACAAGUGGAUGCUGGUGAACUUUGACUGCUCUGCUAUGUGGGUGAAAAAAAGAGCUGAUGUUAUCGGGGCGUUCAAGAUGGAUCCACUUUAUCUGAAGCAUGACCACCAAGAGUCAGGAUUAGUGACGGAUUAUAGACACUGGCAGAUCCCUCUGGGUCGAAGGUUCCGCUCGCUGAAGCUGUGGUUCGUGUUGCGCAUGUACGGACUGCGAGGUCUGCAGCAGCACAUCCGCAAGCAAGUUGCUCUGGCGAAGGAGUUCGAGAGUUUUCUUCUAGCGGAUGAACGCUUUGAGAUCUGCGCCGAAGUGGUGCUUGGCCUGGUCUGCUUCAGAUUAAAGGGUUCGAACGAGCUGAACGAAACCCUGCUGAAGAACAUCAACAGCGCUCGCAGGAUUCACCUCGUGCCGUGCCAGCUGGGGGGGGUUUUCGUGCUGCGCCUGGCCGUGUGCGCUCGUACCACCGAGUCGCGACACAUCCACGAGGCCUGGACGCACAUCAGCCGACUGGCGUCCGAGGUCCUCGCUGAGAACCGACCCUGAGCUCCAGAGCUCCAGAGCAACAGAGCACCAGAGCUCCAGGCUUAUUAUUCUCUCUCUCUCACACACAUCUUGUUGCAGCAAAUCCUUCCUCAUAAAUAUAUAUAUAUAAGUGGGUGCGGGUGUGGGUGUGUGGGUGUGAAAUCCAAAAUGUCUAUUACCAAAAAAAACAAAAAACGCAUUCAGUACUAAAUGAAUCCAAAGAGUAGAGUAUUUGAAACGACCAUUGCAGCUGGCAAGGAGUCUCCAGUGUAAGUGCUUGAGAAACAUUUGAAUAUAAUUAAGAUUAUUAUUCAAUAAAAUGCUAAUAUUAUAACUAUGAGAUUUUCCUAACGCAGAUAUAAAAAAAACGUGGUUUUAUCUCGUUGAUCGGUAAAGGAACAACAUUCCGAGGAAACGUCCCGGGAAUCAUCGUGGUGUUAUUAUGUACCGUAACCUGGUGUCGGAUGCAUGUUGUUGUUAUUGUUGUUGUUGUUGCUGUUGUUGUGUGACUUGCAGAUGCGCACAAACACUGUCAAAGUUCAAUAUCACCCUCAAGAUGAGCUCGUUUUCAUCUACAGGGGGUUUGAUUCGGGAUCUGGGGUAGUGAUGCUCGGAAAUAAAAAAAAUGAUGAAUAUUA